AUGGCGGAUCUGAGGGUCGCAGAGCUGACGAAUAAAAGGAUUCUUAAAAGGCUUUACCUGGACCAAUCGGUGCAGAUGAUGAUUGAAAAUAUGGGAAUGCCCAAUGGAAUGGGCUGGAACGAACCGGAUGAUAGUCUCGGUGAUUCUGUGAAGGACACGUUUGGUGGGAGCAUUUUGAUGGUGGACGACUCCGAUGGCGAAACGUACAUCAUCGCCAGCAAACGCUUCUUUUUCUUUUUUAUUGUCACAAGAAGAACAGCGCCAGACAACUUUGCAAUGGAUGAUCAAAGUUGUCUAUGGAUCGUAUGUUACACAGCAGGGAAGUGGCGAGAUACUUCGAGUUUCGCUGAGGGGAAUCUCAUGGCUGGAGAAAUCCAAAUGCGGACCGAGAAUGUUUUGUGGAAUUUGCGGGGAUGGAAUUCUGCAUCUCGGCUGCGAAUGGUUCUGCUCAUAAUCAUGAUUGCUUUGCGGGUAACUUUUAAGGUUGAUGCAGGUGUUAAGGGGAACAUUUGGCAUAAAAUUCAGGUUAAUGUUCCAGCUGUGAUUGGGAAUUGGCCUGGAAUCAAAUGCUCCACCCAUCACAGCCUUUUUGGUAAAUGA